AUGCUGAUAGCCCGUCUCAGACACCACCUUCUGCCAAAAAUCAGUAAAUCCCAGUACGGUUUUAUGCCACAAAGGAGCACCGAAGACUCCCUCUAUGACCUUAUGAAACAUAUUCGCAAGAACCUAUCAGCAAAGAAAAUAAUAACCUUGGUAUCGUUGGACAUAGAGGGAGCAUUCGACAGUGCAUGGUGGCCCGUAAUAAAGACCAGACUGGCAGAAGAAAAUUGCCCGGUGAACCUGAGGCGAGUGAUAGAUAGCUACCUCGAAGGAAGAUCGGUACGCGUAAGAUACGCCGGAGAGGAAUACCGCAAACAAACCAGCAAGGGAUGUGUCCAAGGAUCCAUAGGGGGUCCCCUGCUUUGGAACCUACUACUGGAUCCACUCCUAAAACAGCUUCAUAACAGUGGGGUCUACUGCCAGGCGUUUGCUGAUGAUGUGGUGAUGGUGUUUGACGGUGAGAGCGCAGCGGACAUUGAGAGACAAGCCAAUGGUGCCCUUGAACGUGUUAAGGCGUGGGGUAUCGACAACAAAUUAAAAUUUGCACCGCACAAAACAUGCGCGAUGGUCGUCACAAAUCGAUUGAAAUACGAUACUCCACGCCUGAGCAUGGGGGGGAUCGCCAUAGAAAUGUCAGAAGACAUGAAAAUACUGGGUCUCACUGUGGAUAACAAACUCACAUUCAAUAAGCACACUGCAGGCGUCUGCAGGAAGGCCCUAAACAUGUAUAAAAAAUUAGCAAGGACAGCCAAAAUAGGAUGGGGUCUGCACCCGGACAUAAUAAGGCUAAUAUACGUUGCAGUUGUCGAGCCAACCAUCAUGUACGCAGCAAGUGCCUGGGCGCCAGCGGUCAAUAAACUAGGGAUUAAAAAACAGAUCAACACAGUACAAAGAGGCUUUGCUCAAAAAAUCAGUAAGGCUUACCGGACGGUCUCACUGAACGCAGCUCUGCUGCUGGCUGGAAUACUCCCACUUGACCUACGGAUCAAGGAAGCGGCCUCCCUCUACGAGGCCAGAAAGGGAGUGCCCUUGCCAGCGCUGGCCGGCAUGGAGGUUGAAACAAUGGCCCCAGCCAUCGACGCUCCCCAUCCUGCUGACAGACCCGGCCUAUCAUACAUCAGUCUGGUAGAUCAAGAGAGUGUAGACCAACACAGUGCAUACGACGUCAGAAUUUUCACUGAUGGGAGCAAGAUUGAGGGCAAAGUCGGAGCCGCACUAUCGAUGUGGAAUAGUGGAACGGAGACAAAAGCCCUCAAACUUGCCCUAUCAAAGUAUUGCACAGUCUACCAGGCCGAGCUGUUAGCGAUCUGCAAGGCAACAGAGGUGAUACUCGAUCAUAGGGCGUCUUCAUUUGGAGUCUACAGCGACUCGAUGGCGGCCCUGGAAACAGUAACAAACCACAGUUGCCUCCACCCCCUCGCAGUAAAGUCCAGAGAUAACAUGCGAACGAUAUCUCUCCAGAACAAAGUAGUUACUCUGUUCUGGAUAAAGGCUCACGCGGGGUUGGAGGGUAAUGAGAGGGCCGACCAACUAGCUAAAGCAGCUGCUGUGGGCUCCAAGAGAAGACCGGAUUAUGAUCAAUGCCCGAUUUCAUUCGUCAAGCGUAGCAUCCGCAUGUCAACGCUUGAUGAAUGGAACCGUAGGUAUGUAGAGGGCAGCACUGCCUCGAUCACUAAGUUGUUUUUCCCCAGCGCGCUGACGGCCUACCGGACAGUCCGAAAAAUGGAGACAAAGGGAGUCACCACACAAAUUCUCACAGGGCACGGUGGGUUCUCUGAGUACUUAAACCGUUUCAAGUGCAAAGAUAACCCAUCGUGCAGGUGCGAAGAUGGAGUGGUGGAAUCGAUCCCACACAUAUUGCUGGAGUGCCCGGUAUACGGCUAUGACCGGUUCUGCAUCGAAGGUGAACUGGAAAUAAAAUUAACAGCUGAAAAUAUUAGUGGCAUCAUGGAAAGUGAACAGAGAGAGAAAUUCUUAAAGUACUGCGAGAGAGUAGCUAAACGAACAAUCGAGAGCAAUAAAACUAGAGUAUAA